CAAAUAUGCAAAGAGGUUUGGCUCCAUGGGAAGUCAGUUAUUUUUUGCAUGAGCAACUCCACACCUGGGACAAAAUCAUUCUGAUAACAGCUUCUCUGCUAUUUUGGAUUUGCUUUUUUGGAGUUUUUUCUGCAAAUAAACUUUUGGAAUUUUAUUUCAAGUAAUUCUGAAUUUUUCAGCGAUACCAGCCAUUCAUUUAAAUGAAUGAACUUGUCUAAAAGCUGGAAAUAUCUUGACAUCUAUUAAAAAUAUUUAUUUCUUUUUUAACAGCAGUCUGUUAGAUUGUUUUUGAGGUUUCUCUUUAAAAUGCUCACAGCAGCUCUACUCCACUGGUUUGUUACUGUCUUGCAUCUAAUUAUCUUUUCUUUUUGAGCAGAAAAAAUAAGAAUUUUUUUGUCCACACUUUUCCUUCACAGCUCUGCUGCAUCCUGGCCAUUUCCCUGUCUCUCUGGCUGUGGGAAGGUGUGGGAUAUUUGUGAAAGAACCUGUUGGGUGUCUGUGUUGCCAAAGCAAUGGCCUCUCAAGAAUUUACUGUGUUAUACACUCACCAAAAGAUGAAAAAAUCAAAAACAUGGCAAGAUGGAAUUCUGAGGGUUAGAACUGGGAGAAAUCAGGCUACCUUGUUUGAUGAUAAAGGACAAUGUCUGGAGAGUAUUUUUAUAAAAUCUCAGGUGACUCCUGGAGAUGAUUUGGAAAGUGAGCGAUAUUUAAUCACAGUUGAAGCAGCCAAAGUGAGUGAAAAGCCUUCUGAAGAGCGGCCAAAGCAAGCAGAAACUCCAGCAGUGGACAGAAAUGGUGUCAAACCUGCUCUUCUACCCCCAAGACAUCUCCCUGUUGGCUUGAAAAGGAAGUUUACAGGCUUCCGAGGGCCACGCCAAGUUGAGAAGAAAACACCAGCUGUGGAAGAUGAAGGAAAAGCAGCAGUGUUGCCCUCAUCUAAGGGGUGCCAAGGGAGUUUUCCAUCCCAGUUUUACAUCAGCUCUCCGUUGUUUUCCACGGUUUGCAGGAAGGAUGCAGGAACAAAUCCCUCUGCAGGCAGUCAGGAAGAGGGGUGCAGGGACAAGGGCAGAGAACAAAUGUCUGUGUCCUGCCUGCUUUCUGCUCCCUUCAGUGACAGCUGGGAGGGCACAGAGAGGCAGAACUCCCAUCAGGUGGCUGGGAAGCAGGAAUCUCCUCUCCUCCCUGGGCACACUGGUGCUGGGGCAGUGUCCCACCACAUCAGGAGCACAGCACAGAUCAUUGCUCUGCUCAAGUCCAAACCAGCACAAGGACACCACAGAGAGCAAACAUUUGGAGCCACAGGCUGCCUUUCCAGGGUUCAGGCAGCACAAAAUGCAGGUUUAUGUGACAGAAAAAGCCCUGUCCUGCCUGCUCCUUCAGGUGACCCUGCCAAAGGACUCGUUCCAGAUACCCAGCACCUGCCUUUUGUGCAGGGAAAUGUAAAGGAUACAAAGGACUGGAAUGUUCUAGCACUUGCAAAUUCAGCUGAACAGCCUUGUGGGGAAGAAGUCACAGGACACAGACAAGACAAAAAGGUAAAUAAUUUAAGUCAAGAUUUACAAGGUGACUGCAACACAAGUAGUUACUUCCUACCUGAGUCCACUGUGAGUAGAAUGAGUGGCAGUCAGUUUGUCCCAUCCUCAGGUGACAUUUCACCUUCAGCAAGUCCAACCACUUUUGAAAGCCAUCCCUUUGGACACAGGGAGCAUUCAGGGACUGACAGGCUUAGGGAGAAUUGCUCUGUGAAGAUGCAGAGUGAGUUUCAACCAAGGCAAAAUUCAGAGGGACUGUCUAAUGACCCAGAGCUCUCUGGGGAUGUGACAUUGGCUGAAGCUGGAGUUGGGAAGGAGGGCACAGGCUGUAGUCCUGAUGGGGAACUGAUGGAGGUUAGCUUUAACCUAAUGGAGGCUUUUGAUUUUAAUGACAUGGACAAUGAAGAUGUGUGUGAGAGAGAAGGGAAGGGAUUCUCUGAGGGAGACACACCUUCAUGGAGCCCAGGCAGCUUCCAGGGAGGAGAUGUAGCACAGGGUGCUGCCUGGAGCCCUCACUGGAAGCCUCAUUCUUGCUGUGAUGUAGAGACACAAAGCAAAAAUGAAGUCAAAUGUUCCAAAUCUGAUGGAGAGAGGGGUCCACCACCCCAGCUUUGUGACAGUGAUGCCAGGAGAGCUGUAGAAGAUGCUGCAAACCAGACCAAAACCCAAGUGGAACUUCUAGGGGAUGGACACAACAUAAAAGAGAUCAGUGAGAGUCAGUCAAGUUUUGGAGGCUCAAAGCAAGAGGAGGAUCUGGAUGGCUGUGCAGCACUCACCAUCAGUGGCACAUCCUGGCUGAAAAAGCAGCACUCUGAUCUCCUGCCUGGGGACACUGGUGUUAAUGAAUGUCACCCUGAAACCAGGCUGUCUGAAGCCACUGGAAGUGGUAUUUCUCCCAGCAGAAUAAUUUCUGCCUUGGACCAAAAGACUGAGGGAGGAGUUACACAGCUUGGAUGUAUGGAAUCCCCAGAUGUUGGCUCAGAGCACUUCUGGCCUGCUAGGAGUGGUGACAUGAAACCAGGCAGCCCUCUGCUGGCCUUGUCACAGAAAUCAGAUCCUUUAGGAGGAGGUUGUUCAUCUCCAGAGGAAACAGCAGUAGGAGGAACUGUGCUGGAAAAUGCAGAGUGCAGAACUGCUUCUCCUGAAGCCUGCCAAGGAGAGACAAUAGGGGUGGAUUGCCUGAAAUGCACAGCAGUGGCUGAGAAUUGCUCAGGAUUCCCUGAUUUGGUGAAUGAUAUUGCUCUUCUGAGAGCUUUGACACAGCAUAGCACAGCAUUAGAGAGCUUGCAAAGGAUGGAGGAGAACACCAACAUGUUCUGUGGAACAGACCCUCCUAAGGAGACACUUGAACCCCUUGAGAAGGACCAAGCUAUAAAAGAGUUUACGGAAAUGCCUUACUCAGAAAGUUUACAGGCAUCUUCCUGUUCAUACUUUGAUUCUCCUGCCCUGAUGCCCAACUGUGUGGACAGUUUAUUACAGAAGACAGAUGCAUAUAUUGUACCAAUAGCAGCAGCCCAAAGGGACCCUGGGCCAUCUGACUGGCAACCAAAGUCUCCAGGUUCCAGGAGCCUUCAUGAGGAUGAUGUUGACAUUGUUGGAGAAGGGAAUUUUCAAGUGAAGCCUGAUGUUAUUGAAGAGACAGGAAUAAAUCAGUGCUCACUGGCACUGGAUGUGCACCCUGAAGUGCCACCAUGGACAGUGUCACACCCACCCCCUGACCCGAGACAAGCACAGUGGACUGCCUGGGAGCCUGGCAAGAUUUCACCAGAAGUGACUUCCCCACUUGAUCCAGACUGUGCAAUUUCUCCACCCUGGGGAAAUGAGGAGCCUGUUGGAGACAUCCAGGAGCCCCUGACACAUGGGCUCUUACCCAGUGAACCACAACUCCCAGAUUUCUUCUUCACCCAGGAGAAAUCCAGCCGUGCACAGGAAUGCAGCCUGCCAGCACUGACACCCACAAUGAAAACACGAGCUCCCUUUGUCACUGUUCCUGCCAGCCACGAGAUUGCUGCCAUGUUUUACCCCUCUGAGAGUGAGCAUUUCCAGCAGUCUUUGGACUCUUCAGGAGGCAAUCUGUGCAGCCAGUCAGUGGCAUUUCCCAGGAGUGCUCCCAGCGCCCGGGACAGGAAUUCUGACCCCUCUGUGUUCGGGGAGUACCUGGAAGAUGGGCAAAGGGGAUCUGUGCCACCAGCGCUCCCCGAUGUGACUGCCCAAGGCAGACAAAGCAAGUGGCUGAAGUAUCAAAGCAGUGCUCAGAGCGAUUUGAUCCCUGCAAACAGUGCUGAAGGGGAGGAGGAGGAGGAUGACAUCUGUGCCCGGAGCGUGCUGGGAAUGCCGGCGGCGGAGCCAGGAGAGAGCAGAGCCGAGGAUCCGAGCGCUGCCAGCCCUGCAGCGCCGCUGGCGGCCGGGGGCGGGCCCGGGGAGCGCUCCGGGGCUGCGGGGGCCGCUCCGGUGUCAGCGGGGAACGCGCUCGCCCUGCACUUACCGCAGGCACCUCUGUCUGCGGCCGCACAAAAGGUGCUGAGUCACCUGAGCUGCCACGGCGGAACAGGAGAGGGCCAGGACAUAACAAUUUCUGAGUUGUCUUUUCCUCCUGUGGAUAAAGUGAAACACACCAAUCUUCCUAAAAGAAAGAUUUCCAUCCCAGCUGUGUUUCAGUCUCACACUCACUACAAGCAGGUUUUUAAAGCUGCUCUGACAGAGCAAUUGAACAUAAUGCUGUUUGAGUUGGCCCAGAGGCUGCACCAUGCCCUCUCCAAGGUGGACAUAUCAUUGUACACUGCAGUGAAAGAUGGGCAAAGCCAGGCCCAAGGAAGCUGCGCCCCACUCUGCAACCACAUGCACCCUGCUAAGCUGGUGAUGGUUAAAAAAGAAGGUCAAAACAAGGUGCUGUUUAUUCCAUGUGGUUUUUACACUUUGGGGGUGAAAGUAUCCAUUGCUUUCUCUUUUUUUUCUUACUUGUUUUGGUGCUUAUGGACUUUUUCCCCCUCCCUUCCCUUGCAGGGUCGUUUGUUCUAUGCCUGUGAUGCCCCAAAAGCUGAGCAGUGCUCCUUUUUCAAGUGGAUUGAAGAUGUGAACCCCUCACAGACAAAAUCCAGAGCUGGUGCAGUGCUCCACGACACAAAAAGUAUUGGGACAUACCUCAGGAGUCAAAAGAUUGCUGUUUAUGAGGAAAGCCAGCUUUUGGUGAGGAAAGCCUUUGAAAUUCCAACACAGAGGUACAGUAAGUUCAAGAAAUUCAUGAAUACACCUGCCAGCUUUGAUGGUGACUCCAAACCCAAAUUAUACCUGAAGCUAAGCAGAAAGGAGCAUUCUUCUCUCUACAGCAAAGAUGACAUCUGGGUUGUUUCCAAGACUCUGAACUUUGAUCCCAUUGAUACUUUCAUUGCAAGCAGUGCUUUCUUUGGACCAUCCUCCAACAAUGAGAUAGAAUUGCUACCACUGAAAGGCUACAGUCCCUCCAACUGGAGAUCCAACAUGUGUGUUCAUGCCUUGCUGGUGUGUAAUGCCAGUGGUGAGCUGGCCUCCCUAAGGAACAUGGAGGAGCACUUCAAUCCAUCCACAUUACCACUGAUCCCAUAUCUCCUGAAAAUGAAUUUUGAUUCUGAAAAUGCUACAAAAAGAGUCAACAAAAGGAAAUUCACUCCACCUGCCAUGAGUGUGAAGUGCUCCAUGAUGCCUGGCCCUGUGAGCUCUCAAGUGGCAAUGGGAGUGGCUGAAGAGAUGAUCCAGAGGUUCUCCCUGAACCCAGACCAAGCAGCAUCGCUGAUUCACGUGGCUCAGAUGAUCACCUGUGAAAAGCCCAAAGGAGGGGAGCAACAUCAGAGCUUCCCCAUCACAAUCAUACGUGGUGUUUUUGGAGCUGGCAAGAGCUACUUGCUGUCUGUGGUCAUCUUGUUCCUGGUGCAGCUCUUUGAAAGCAGUGAAGCUACAGAGGGUCCGAGGGCAACUCCAUGGAAACUCCUCAUUGCUUCUUCCACCAACGUUGCUGUGGACAGGAUCCUGCUGGGUCUGCUCGAGCUUGGGUUUGAGGAUUUUAUAAGAGUGGGAAGUGUAAGGAAAAUCACGAAAGCAAUUCUUCCCCAUAGUUUACAUGCAGGUUCAGGAAAUGAAAACGAGCAGCUGAAAGAGCUGCUUGCUCUGUUGAAAGAAGAUUUGACUCCAGCUGAGAAAAUCUAUGUCAGGAAGAGCAUUGAGCAGCAUAAACUGGGGACCAAUAAAACUAUUCUGCAACAGGUGAAGGUGGUUGGAGUGACGUGUGCUGCCUGCCCCUUCCCCUGCCUGAAGGCGCUCAGGUUUCCUGUGGUGGUGCUGGAUGAGUGCAGCCAGAUGACUGAGCCUGCCUCCCUGCUCCCCAUCGCCAGGUUUCAGUGUGAAAAGCUCAUCCUAGUUGGAGACCCCAAGCAACUGCCACCAACUAUCCAAGGGUCUGAGAGUGUUCAUGAGCAGGGAUUGGAGCAGACCCUCUUUGACCGACUCUGCUUAAUGGGCCACGAGCCCAUUGUUCUCCGGACGCAGUACCGCUGCCACCCCGCCCUCAGUGCCAUCGCCAAUGAGCUCUUCUACAGCGGGCACCUCAUCGAUGGCAUCUCCCAGGGGGACAGGGCUCCUCUCCUGGAGUGGCUGCCAACGCUCUGCUUUUACAGCGUCCAUGGCAUGGAGCAGAUUGAAAGAGACAACAGCUUUUACAACAUGGCAGAAGCUCAUUUUACAGUCAAGCUCAUCCAGUCUCUGAUUGCAAGUGGAAUAGAAGGAGCUGAUAUUGGCGUGAUUACCCUUUAUAAAUCACAAAUGUAUAAGAUCCAGAAUUUGCUCAAUGGGGUUCACUCCGAGGCUUUUGAGGUCAAGCCUGUGCAGGUGUCCACGGUGGAUGCAUUCCAGGGUGCUGAGAGGGAGAUCAUUGUGCUGUCCUGUGUCAGGACCAGGCACUUUGGGUUCAUAGACUCGGAGAGGAGGAUGAACGUGGCACUAACGAGGGCCAAGAGGCACCUGCUGAUUGUGGGGAGUCUGCCCUGUCUGAGCAGGAACAGGCUAUGGGGGAGAGUAAUUCACCACUGCAGAGGAUGGGAAAAUGGCUUACAACAUGCAAGCCAGUGUGAGCAGCAGCUAAAUGACAUUCUCAAGUCUUACUUGGAGAACUGGGAGGAAGAAGAACGGUGCAAGAAAAAGGAAAAAUAAAAUGUGUUGAUUUUAUGAACAAAAUCUUAAUUGCUUGUCUAUAGCAAUAGCUCUGGUAAUUUGUAAUCUAAUAUUUAUUUAAUGUUGGGGUAUUUUUGUUUGGCUCUCAGUGCAUUGAUACUUCUUUUUGACCUUGUGGUCAUAAGACUAAAAAUUAUUAAAGUGCCUUUAUUUGGUUGAUAAAUAGAGUGACUUUUUCUGCUUGAGAAAUGAAAUCCUUUUAUGCUUACAGUGUAGUUAAUGAUGUUUAUGGUAUUUCACUGUUCUUCAGAUUAAAACACCAUGGUCUUUUAGAA